AUGUCACAACAUGGAUUCCCUGAGAGACUGUCGAACACUUCAAAGGGGCUCCAGGAAGAUAAUAUGUCAAGCCAGACUAUGGAGGUGUUGGUUGAGACUCUGACUGGCACAGCUUUUGAAAUCACAGUCUCGCCUUCUGACACUAUUUUCGAUAUCAAAUCGAAAAUAUAUAGAGUAGAAGGCAUACCAAUAUCUCAGCAGCACUUAGUUUACAAUCUCAAAGAGUUGGAAGAUGCACGAUCGCUCCGCGAGCAGUCGGUAUGUGAUGGGGCGAAACUCCGGCUCGUGUUGGGGCUUCGCGGAGGGCCGGUCGCCACACGCAGGCUGCCUCCGCCCGAACCGUGGCACGACAUUGAACGAAUGCUUGCUUCUAAAAGCGGGGAAUGCUCCAGCGGCGUGUCCGGGGCGGGCAGCGGGUGCAAGGUGACGGUGGUGGUGUUCCGGGAAGGGGAAAGAGUCAACAUGCUCAGGGUCAGGGAGAACAAGGACGGCACCUAUUCGCAUCUUGACACUGCCAAGUACUCGUCGUCUCUGAGCCACCUGGCCGAGUGCGAGCGCGACGAGGGCCAUUCGACCGGUGGGGAGCUGGUGGCCGACAUGAUGCACGACAACGCCCUCACCAUGACCAAGAUGAUGCAGCUCAGGCACCGCAUGCUCAAGCUCAACGCCUCCAGGCCCUCGCACGUGAAGAGAGACAUCCAGAAGACGAGGAGCGAAGAGUUCCUGUCCGUGGCCAGUCUGCUGGACGACCCCGCACUGGAGGAAGGCCGGUUCAGGAGGUAUGACUGCUUCUCAGGAUCGGUCCUGCCCUGCAGGACUGACUCCGACCCCAACAUUCCUGACGCUGACGACACGGCUCGCUUGAAGCUGUCGGAGGCCCUGUCGGGCUCCAUCCUCGUGAAGCGGGAGGCGGGCGAGGGGCGGGGGCAGGGGGACGUGGACACGCCCUUGGCAGCUGACAGUUUGCCCGCGCUUCAUGCGGAUUAUGGCCCUCUAGUAGUCGGGGAAUCGAGCGGUUGGCGAGCUCGCGGGUUCGGCUCCAGUUCCCAGUUGGCGGGAGGCCUGGCGGGGUCCCUCGCGGGCGGCCCCGUGGCGGGCUCCUCGUCCGCCUUGCACGUGCGCACGCGCAGGUCGGCACGCUCCUCGCCGCCCCUGUCGGACGCGCUCUUCUCGUCUUCCACCUCGGACCUGGAGCAUUUGAAGAGGAAUAGAAUCCUUCCAGCCUUAAGCCGGCACCGCAACCGAGAACACCUGCACCUGAGCGACGACAGACUGGACACGCCCCCCCCUGACUCCCUCGCCCCCUCUCUGGCCCCCCUCAACAAGGAAGUCGGCUCCGAAAGGAGACAGAGGCGCAUCGACAAGAUCACGGAGAUGGAGCAACGCUUCAAGGAGGACAAGGAGGUGUCGCAGGAAAAGGAAAAGAGCCCCGAAGAGAAGAAGAAGAUAAAAAUCCGUUGUGCGUUUUGCAAGAAGCGGCUCAGCAUAGCGACGGUGCACACUUGCCGCUGCGGGGCCGAGCUGUGCGCCCCUCACCGCUACUCCGAGGUCCACGGCUGCGCCUACGACUACAAGGGGCACGCCCUGGACGCGCUGCGGAGGGAGAACCCCCUCGUCAGCGCCCCCAAGCUCCCCAAGAUUUAG